CCGAAGGGGCCGGACGCUGGUGGCCAAAAGCCCGUCGGUGCGCCUCCCAAAAAGCCCAAGGGCGAUGCUGCUGCGGCUAAGAGAAAGCCGUCGGCAAAGGAGCCCCCCCAAGCCCCCAAAAAGUUGAAGAAGGGGGAUGCCGCGAAGGAUGACCCCCCGGUGGUGAUUGUAGAUGACCCUCCGGAGAUGCCGAUGGCGCAGGCGCCGAGGGGGGUCCGGGAGCCAUCUCUCGAGGUCCUCACGCUCUCCCUUCCGGCUGGCACGGCCGUGUUGAAUGGCACGGCUGACCCGAGGGCGCUCCUGAGAGGUAUAACCCUCGAUAUCGACAGGGCAGCUCUCGGGGCCGAUGAUGAUCAAGCCCUUGAAGACAGGAUCCUCCGGUCUUCCCUCACGGUGAGUUCACUGUAGUUUGUCUUUCUGUUUCCCACUUUGAACUAAGAAAUCACGUUCGGCCCUGACAACCCGCUUAUCUUUGCAGACUUGCGUUGCCCUCGGG